AUGCCGCCCAUCUCUCUCUCUGUCUCUCUCUCUGUGUCUGUGUCUCUCUCUCUCUUUUUCUGUACUAUCCCACCUCCCUCUCUCUACCCCUCUUUUCUCUCUCUCUCCCUCCCUCCCUCCCCUCUUUCUCUUACCUCCCUCUCUCUUCUCUCCCCUUCUCUCUCCUUCCAUCUCAUCCCCAUCUCUAUUUUAAGCAUCUAUAAUUAUUUUCUCGAUCUCUCACUCUCUCUGAUUUCUCUCUCAUCUAUAAUUAUUUUCUCUCGAUCUCUCACUCUCUCUGAUUCUCUCUCUUCACGAACAGACUAUCCCACCCUCCCUCUCUCUACCCCUCUUUCUCUCUCUCUCUCUCCCUCCCUCCUCCCCUCUUUCUCUCAACUCUCCUCUCCCCAUCUACCUCCCUCUCUCUUCUCUCCCCCUUCUCUCUCCUUCCAUCUCAUCCCCCUCUCUAUUUUAAGCAUCUAUAAUUAUUUUCUCUCGAUCUCUCUCUCUCUGAUUCUCUCUCUACUCCUCUCUCUACCCCUUUCUCUCUCUCUCUCUCCCUCCCUCCCUCCCUCUUUCUCUCCAACUCUCCCUCCCCAUCUACCUCCCUCUCUCUCUCUCUCUCUCCUUCAUCUCAUCCCCCCCUUUUCAUCUAUAAUCUCGAUCUCUCCUCUCUCUAUUCUCUCUCUGUCCAUUUCUCCAAUUCAGAUUAUUCCAUAUAAACAGUCACGAACAGACUAUCCCACCCUCCCCUCUCUACCCCUCUUUCUCUCUCUCUCUCCCUCCUCCCUCUUUCUCCAACUCUCCCUCUCCCCUCUACCUCCCCUCUCUUCUCUACUAUCCCUCCCCCCCUCUCUACCCCUCUUUCUCUCUCUCUCUCUCCCUCCCUCCCUCCCCUCUUUCUCUCCAACUCUCCCUCUCCCCAUCUACCUCCCUCUCUUCUCUCCCCUUCUCUCUCCUUCCAUCAUCCCCCUCUCUAUUUUAAGCAUCUAUAAUUAUUUUCUCUCGAUCUCUCCUCUCUCUGAUUCUCUCUCUUGUCCAUCCCACCCUCCCUCUCAGAUUCUUUCUCUCUCUCUCUCCCUCCUCCCCUCUUUCUCUCCAACUCUCUCUCCCCAUCUACCUCCCUCUCUUCUCUCCCCUUCUCUCUCCUUCCAUCUCAUCCCCCUCUCUAUUUUAAGCAUCUAUAAUUAUUUUUCUCGAUCUCUCCUCUCUCUGAUUCUCUCUCUGUCCAUUUCUCCAAUUCCUAUCCCCCUCCCUCUCUCUACCCCUCUUUCUCUCUCUCUCUCUCCUCCUCCCUCCCCUCUUUCUCUCAACUCUCCCUCUCCCCAUCUACCUCCCUCUCUCUUCUCUCCCCUUCUCUCUCCUUCCAUCUCAUCCCCCUCUCUUUUCAUCUAUAAUUAUUUUCUCUCGAUCUCCUCUCUCUCUGAUUUCUCUCUAUUAUUCCAUAUAAACACAUCUAUAAUUAUUUUCUCUCGAUCUCUCACUCUCUCUGAUUCUCUCUCUGUCCAUUUCUCCAAGAUUAUUCCAUAUAAACAGUCACGAACAGACUAUCCCACCCUCCCUCUCUCUACCCCUCUUUCUCUCUCUCUCUCCUCCCUCCCUCUUUCUCUCCAACUCUCCUCUCCCCAUCUACCUCCCUCUCUCUUCUCUCCCCUUCUCUCUCCUUUCUCAUCCCCCUCUAUUUUAAGCAUCUAUAAUUAUUUUCUCUUCUCUCCUCUCUCUGAUUCUCUCUCUACUAUCCACCCUCCCUCUCUCUCCCCCUCUUUCUCUCUCUCCCUCCCCCCUUUCUCUAGCAAUCACCUCCCUCUCUUCUCUCCCCCUCUCUCCUUCCAUUCAUCCCCUCUCUAUUUUCUUCACCCCCCUCCUCUCUCUUUUUAA